UCUUGCCUUUGGUUGAGUUGAGGUUAAAUUUUAAAUAUUAGACUUUUAGGGUUUACAUAAUCCAAAGUAGCCUUAUCUCUACUGAUAACGCAAUUUGAAAUUGGGUUGUAGGUCCAGGCUUUUUAUCUUCAGAUUCUUAUGUACCGACUAGAGACUAGGUUCUAUUAAAUUUAUCAGCAUUAGACUUGACUUACUACCGGUACCUCACAGUGUGAAUUAAUUUGUGUGUGGUAGGCCUACCUUACAUUUUGGAAAUUGUGUGUAGGCAUAGGCUACCCUAUAAGCCGAGGGAAAAGCUGAAGUAUAAGUAACUUAUGUUUAUGUUUCAAAUUAUAAAUUUAAUCAAAAUAUAAUUAUUUAACCAGACCUAGGCCUAUCCUUAGUCCAUAUUAUUUAGAAACACAAAUAACUUAAAAUUUGAAAUGUCUGCAAAUGAAGGUUCAUUGUCAGAUACUGACUUAUCUGCUCUUACAAAUUUUAAGGAAUAUUUACGUAUUCCAUCUGUUCAUCCUGAUGUAAACUAUGAUGGUUGUGAGGCGUUCUUGAGGAAUCGAGCUGAAAUCUUAGGUCUUCCAAUAAGAGUGUUCACUGUUGCUCCAAAGAAACCAGUCAUUUUAAUCUCGUGGCUUGGCAGUGAACCUCAGUUGCCCAGUUUAUUGCUAAAUUCACACAUGGAUGUGGUUCCUGUAUUUCCUGAAAACUGGACUUAUCCUCCGUUUGGAGCGGAGACAGACUCAAAGGGUAAUAUUUACGCCCGAGGCUCUCAAGACAUGAAAUGUGUUGGCAUACAAUACCUAGAGGCUGUUGAGAGGCUCAUGAAGAACAACCAGAAACUUAAGAGAACAAUCCACAUUCUGUUUGUUCCAGACGAAGAGAUUGGCGGACUGGAAGGUAUGAAACUUUUUAUCGAAUCUGAAGACUUCAAGAAUCUCAAUGUUGGUUGUGCUUUAGAUGAAGGUAUUGCCAGUCCUGAUGAAAGCUACCAAUUUUUUUAUGGAGAAAGACCUAUUUGGCAUGUGUGGAUCCACUGCACUGGAACUCCUGGACAUGGGUCUCUGCUGCAUGAUGACACAGCUGGAGAGAAACUGGCCGUCGUCAUUGACAAGUUCUUGGCUCGCAGAGCUGUGGAGAAGAAGAAGUUGAAGGAUAAUCCGGAACUGACAAUCGGAGAUGUCACAACGAUCAAUCUGACUAGUCUCAAGGGUGGAGUACAAACCAAUGUUGUUCCACCGGAACUUACUGUAGCAUUUGACUGCAGAUUGAGUGUUGAAACGGACCAUCAAGAGUUUGAAAAUUGGAUUAAUGAAGUCUGUAAAGCUGCUGGCGAUGGCAUAUCAGUUGAGUACGAGAUCAAGCAAGACUUAAUCAAGACAACUACACUCGAUAGUACAAACCCUUGGUGGACGUCUUUCAAAUCUAAAGCUGACAAAUUAGGGCUGAAAUUGAAGUGCAAUAUUUUUCCUGGAGGCACGGAUAGCCGUUACAUUAGACAGGUUGGUAUUCCAGCAUUUGGGUUUUCUCCAAUGAACAACACUCCAGUUCUGCUCCAUGACCAUGAUGAAUUCCUAAAUGAAAAGGUAUUCUUACAAGGCAUCAAAAUCUACUGUGAGCUGCUCCCUGCCUUAGCCAAUCUUUAGGCUUUAGAUCAAACGAUAGUCAAGUACAGAUUAGCCUUCUGAUGUGCCUUAGCUGUUGUCAGAGAAUAUCUUUUAUCUUUAUUUUGUUAGAAACUAUUUGACCAUAAUGUGUAACUUGUGAUGUGAACCGGUGCAUUUAACUCAGCUUUCCACAUGUCUAACAUAUGAUGCAGGUGUAAUUAGUAACAUUCCAUAAACAUGUGAAAUGUUUUAUGCUUUAGUCUGAUUGCCAUACUAACAUUUAAUUUUAGGGAGGGAUUUUUGUCUAGUUAAAUAAUAGUUAGUUGUUUGCUCACAAGUAUAAAAUGAGAGUAAGUUGAGUGUGUUAACAAUAACAAGGUUUAAAAUACUCAGAUAUUUGUUUUUAUAUUAAUCAAAUCAAAGUAACAUAGUACCUAAAGUAAACAAUAACAUUUAAAAACAUAUGUUAUUCAAACAACUGAAAUAUUCUGUAAUAUUAACUUGAGCUACAGAUAACUUUAUGGUAUAACCUACUGAAACUGAAAAGUGAAAACUAUAAAUAUUCACAUCCACAAAAUACAACCUCAUAGUUAAAUAUCCAGAUUAAAAUUAAUACCAGAUGGAUCAAUGCAAGUUUUGUCUCAUUCAUUUAUUAUACUGUACAUUCAAAUAUAUUUAGUUUUUAAAGUAGCCUUUUUAGUUCAGUUCUGAGAAUUGAAGAGUUUCUCAUAACAGCAUUAUUUACUUUCAUAACAGCUUAGUUUUACUCAAAACUCGGGUAACAGACCAAUGAGGUUCAAGGAGUGAGAGAGUAGAAGUAAAAUUUUAAUUGUUCUAACUUCAACUAAUCAGCUGUUCAGGCCAAUUGAAUUUUAGUACAAUGUUUCAUUGCAUCACUGUCAGUGGCAAUGAGGGGUUAUAAACGAAAACAUAACCUCUCUUAGAAGUUAUGAGUAGUGAUUUUUAGUAAUUAAAUAACUGUCGUAGGUAAAGUAGUGUACGCAACUCUCGUAAAUAGUGUUAACGACACUCGUAGAAAGUUUUAAAGCACUCGCCAAGGCUCAUACCUUAAAUUUUCUACUCAAGUUGUUAACUCUAUCUUUACGCAGUCGUUGCGUAAACUACUAUUUCAUGUCCAUCUGUUCACAAAUAUAGCUGCUUGCUUAUAUUGGUUGAUAUUAAAAGUCGAAAUAGGACAUGUAAAAUAAACACUUUUAGCAUGUAGAAAAUAAUUACCAUUAACUUUUAAUGUUGCAAAUAGACUUCUCGUCUGUUGUAAAAUCUGAAGUACGUUUUCAUGUCUGGUUACUAUAUAGUUCGUAAAAACAGGCUUAAUGCUGGAUAAUAAUUUAUGGUAACACCUGUUGACCUUGUCGAUUAGCUAUGUAUAAUAAAUUAUUUGUUUCAGAA